AUGUACAGUUCCAAUGGGAACGGACUCAAACACAAGCCUGAUGAAUACAAGCUAACGGCUCUGUCAGUUUGGGUUCCCCUGACUUCUGAUGAUGAAAUGCGUAAGCAGCUAACCGAAGAUGCACUAAAAGCAGUGGCUCCGAAGCCAUUCACAGCAGGUUCACAUAUUAACUUGAACGACCCUUGGACUGUCAACUACGCAGGCAAAAUCCAGCAAUGGGGCCAACUUGAUGAGGCAAGCACGAAAAGGCUCCUGGAGAGAUAUCAAAUUGCUUUCAAUAUGGCGACUGCUCCUGUUGUCCAGCAAGCAUCAUUUUUCAAGAAUCAGAUUCAGAGACUUAGAAGUCUUCCGGCUGGGACGGUUACAGCUGCUGGUACGCAAUUUACGGAAGCACCUCGUCCGACGCCUACUACACUUUCGUAUGCAUCAAUGGCCAGUGGCCCUGCGAAAAGAAACACGGCAGGUCAGCCCGAUCACAAUGAUGUGUAA